UGACCGGCAGGUGGCACCGCAGCGCGGCGGGGCGCUCAUAUAGGGCGCAGCCGGCGGAACCGCGGUCGCGGUGUCGGACCGAGCUUAGCGGGCAGGCGGCGAGAUGAGCCGGGCGCCCGCGUUCCUGAGCGCGGCCGAGGUGCAGGACCACCUGGGCAGCUCCAGCCUCCUCAUCCCGCCUCUGGAGACCGCCCUGGCCAACUUCUCCAGCGGCCCCGACGGAGGGGUCACGCAGCCCGUGCGCACCGUGGUGCCGGUGGCCAAACACAGGGGCUUCCUAGGGGUCAUGCCCGCCUACAGUGCAGCAGAGGAUGCCCUGACCACCAAGUUGGUCACCUUCUACGAGGGCCACAGCACCAUCUCCACCAUCCCCUCCCACCAGGCUACUGUGCUGCUCUUUGAGCCAAGCAAUGGCACCCUGCUGGCGGUCAUGGAUGGAAAUGUCAUAACUGCAAAGAGAACAGCCGCAGUAUCUGCCAUUGCCACCAAGUUCUUGAAACCCCCCAGCAGUGAAGUGUUGUGCAUCCUUGGGGCUGGGGUCCAGGCCUACAGCCAUUAUGAGAUCUUCGCAGAGCAGUUCUCCUUUAAGGAGGUGAGGAUAUGGAACCGCACCAGAGGAAAUGCAGAGAAGUUUGCAGACACAGUGCAAGGGGAGGUACGGGUCUGUUCAUCGGUCCAGGAGGCUGUGACAGGUGCAGAUGUGAUCAUCACAGUCACCAUGGCAACAGAGCCCAUUUUGUUUGGUGAAUGGGUAAAGCCAGGGGCUCACAUCAAUGCCAUUGGAGCCAGCAGACCCGACUGGAGGGAGCUGGAUGAUGAGCUCAUGAAGCAAGCCGUGCUGUACGUGGAUUCCCGGGAGGCUGCCCUGAAGGAGUCUGGAGAUGUCCUGCUGUCAGGAGCCGAGAUCUUCGCUGAGCUGGGAGAAGUGGUGAAGGGAGUGAAGCCAGCCCACUGCGAAAAGACCACGGUGUUCAAGUCCUUGGGAAUGGCAAUAGAAGAUACGGUUGCCGCCAAACUAGUGUAUGAUGCCUGGUCAUCUGGCAAAUGAAACAGAGGAGCUUUGUGUUGAGACGGAUGCUACAGCUCAAGGAUGCUGCCACUGGUUAUUUCAUAGUUUCUAGAUCAAAUGAAGGAAUCCAGUCCCUGACAAACUAUAGUUUUGUGCUUGUCAUGUUUUACCUUCAACACUGAGAUUCCCCAUUCACAUUUGUAGUCAGAAAGCAGAACCAAACUAGGUAACCAUUUCUUCUGUUAUACCAGUAACAUUUCUUUCCCUUGUAUGGCACUACCUUUUGUAUUUCCCCGAAAUAAAGCAUUUUCAA